GAUUGGUGCAUUCCAUUUGCCUUCAGACCACUUUUCCUAUUUUAUAUUUAGCUUUAUCCUAUGCACACAUGCAUAUCCACUUACUUCUACAUGUGUGCAAUAUGUGUUACCUAUAUGUAUUAGAUUUUGAUAUAACAAUCAAUAAGAUUUCAUCUAUUUUGAACAAAACUUAAAGCAAAUUUUCAUGCAUAAAAAAAUAUAUACGAAGAUCAAUUCACUAGUGAACAUAGAUGACAUUUUGUUUCAUUUGAAGAAAUAUAAUGUAGAUGGAGAAUUUUCAAAAUCAUUCAUUCUCUCUUAUUUCGAAGAUUUUUAUUUUAAGAAAGAUAUAAAAUUUCAAUGGCUCCUUACAAUAAUGAUAAUAUUAAACUAACUUUCUUAAUUUCAUAUUUUCAAAACAGUAAAACAUUUCGAAUUUGAUUUUAACAGACAAUAAGUUGAUUUACUUGUUAUUCUGUUUCAAAUAGACAAUAUACUUAAUAAAAUAUUAAAUAAACGUAAAACAAGAUUAAUUAAAUCAAAUUAAUCAAUAAAUUAUGACAUAUGUUGAAAAAAGGCUUGUUUUACGAAAUGGACCACCAUGGGGAUUUCGAUUAUGUGAAGAUUUUAUGGAAGGAUUAAUUGUUGCGAAGAUAAGACGACGUAGUCCAUCUGAAGCUGCUGGCUUACGUGAAGGCGAUCAUGUACUGGCGAUUAAUGGUGUGGACGCACUGGAUAUGUCACAUGCACAAGCUGUACAGAUUAUUGAUUAUGCAUCAUAUACCUUGGAAGUGAUCGUUGGAAGAUAUGAAGAACGACGUCAAAGAACAGAAACAGUUUAUAUGGACAAUAAGUCAUUACUUUCAAAGCAAAAACCUCAAGAAAUUACUACAACAGAAUUACAACUCUUCUGGGAAAGAGAAACCCCACUUAAACCAGCUCGCAGGAACUGGCCCCCUCCACCUCGUCAGGAGUAUAUUUCAUCCCCACCACCACCAGUUCAACAACCACAGCCUCCACCUAUUGUGAAAUCACAUUCAGUUUCUAUACAUGUACCACCACCAAGACCUAUGGUUAUUCCAACACCUCCAGCUUCACAGCCACAACCACCACGCCCACCACCCGUGAAACAACCAUCACUUGAUCCACCUAUUAUUCCUCAUGAUCCAGAUGUAGCAAGUAUUUCUGUAAAAAAAUUGAUGCGUGAAUUUGAUGUGCCGCCGAUUGCACCUGAACUGAAAAAAAAGAAUUAUGCUGAUUCAUCAUUCUAUUCGGAUCCAACAAAAUAUUAUCCAACAAUUGAAGAACAAAUUCAAAUGGCUAGACGAGUUGCCAAUAGUCUACAUGAUCCAUAUAAUCUCGAAUCAAAAGGUGCAUGUAUGUUUGAGAAGCAAAGACAAAGAGCAGAAAAACACGUUAAAGAAGGUCCAGAACCUAAACCAGAUCCUAUUGAACUGGCAAGUCCUGAAGAGUUGGAAUAUAUGACACCACCAGUAGCACCUCCGCCUCCACCUCCCCCACCGCCAAGCUUUCCUGGGCUUCAACCAACUAAAAAAUCAAACAUCCCACCACCCCCACCCAUGGUCUAUACACCUGGACAACCGAAAACAGUCCAAGAAUUUCUAGAAAAAAUUAAAAUUUUCCCAAAAAAUACACAUUCAGAUUUAGAUCCGCAAAAAUGUUUUGAUAUCGCCUCAGCUUUGUACACAUCUGAUAGUCGCGGAGCUAAAAUGUUUGCUAAGCGUCAUGCCAGAGCUUUAAAGUGGGAUGCUCAGAACUCAGAAGACGAUGAUUCGGGGACUAGAAUGAAUGCAACCGUGGCAUCUGGUCCAGGGCCAACAAUGAAUAGUUAUGCUCAUGUAAAAAUGACUUCAAAGCUUGCACAAUCAAAACCACAACAACAGCUACAAAUAAGACAACAAGCUCCUGUUACACCAGUGAUAGUUAAUCAAAGCAAUGGAGAAACAGAAGCGUACGGAAAACCGAGUAUCUCCCUGGCUACAGAUCGUGCACCAUCACCACCGUUGCAAUCGGAAAACCUAAUUGGUUCUACACCAAAGCCAUUUGUACCAAUCACUCCAAACAGAAAUACAGAUUUCGGACAUUUGAAUAAUGGUAAUCAUAACGAUAAUAGCAACAUCAAUUCAAACGAUGGGGUUAGUUCAAAUCAGCCUUUCAAUAUGAAUAGCAACACCACAGAAUCUGGUUGGCGUCCAGUUAAAUUUAGAAUUGGUCAGACGACAAAUUAAAUUCGCGGAAAUUGUUUCUUACUUCAUCCACCUAAACCUGAAUAUUAUUAGUAUUAGUAUUAUCAUUCAAUACAGAAGAAAGCAAGAUUUACUUAUUUACAGACAAUACAGUUGAAACCACUUGUCUUAUUUUGAUUUCCUUUAUCAUUUAAGUAAUGAAAAUCACACCGAAUAGCUUCAGGAAUCUUCGCUUGUUUAUUCAUCGUGUUACUGAGUUCAUUAUUAGUAACAUUUGUAGUGAUAGUGUCAAUGUUCUUUUUAUUAUCAUUGCUAAUAACCCUUAGCGUAUACUUCAUUUAUGUUUCCCUAUGCAUACACUUAAACACAGUUACAUGCAAAAAAAUAAGAAAGCAAAAUGCAGAUUAUUUAGUGUUGCUGUCGGCUUUAUUAUCUCAGUCUCACCAUACACUUUCUUUCAAGGUAUUUCAAUGUAAAGUCUGUAUAACACUGAGUGUCAUCUUAUCCUAUUCGCUGAUAAAUUAUUUAUAAUGAUAAUAACUAUUUGUUCAGUAAACUUUGUUUAUCUGUUUGUGAUUUUCCGCUUUCCAUUUCAACAUAUUACAGAUGAGCAUGCUUAAGUAUGAGAAAGUAAGUCUUGUUUAAAUGACUUAGACAAACAAGCAAACAUACAAACAAAUCAAAUCAUGCUAGGCACAAGUCUACAAAAACAGGGAGAAAGUGUAGAAAAGCUUGGAGAUGAGAAAAAAUUGGCUCCAGUUACUUACUACUUUAUUAAUGUAGGUAAAUACUAGGAUCAAAGAUUGAAACUAAAUAGUGAUAAACGCUUCAACUAUGAAAAUACUUAAUGAUGAAAAUAUAUUGAAUAUACUUCAAAUCACUAUCACUAUGACAACAAUUUUUAUGAAUCUGAGGCAUUAUUCUUCUGCCCUCUCUUUCAGAAUUGUAGAGAAGAAAGUCAUCAUGAAAACAGUUCAUAUAUAUAUAUAUAUAUAUAUAUAUAUAUAUAUAUGAUGCUUUUAGAAACCAAUUAACCAAAAGUACUUGACAGCAACCAAAUAUCUACAAAUAUGCAUGCAUACAUAAUCGAAUCUAGAACUGUUUUAUUUUCUACUGUCAGUGUCAUCGUCUACGUCUUUAAUCGACGAUAAACGACUUACUUGCUUAUGCCUUCCUUCUCCUCACCCAACUAGCUAAACAACAACUCUCUUUUAUCUACUUUUUCUAUCUAUAUAGCCACUUACCUAUCAUGUCACUGUAACAAAACUAAGGUGUAACUGUCUCCGGCUUACUCAUGUCAAGUAUAUAUGCAAAAGGUAAAACGUUUAUUGCAGAAUAAGUUUUUUUCGAUUUCCUGUUCCUUAUUUACACUUCCAGCCUAUGUUUUUAACUUAUUACUUGUGCAAUCUGAAUAAAAAGAUUUUAAAACGUA